UCCAUCCUUGAAAACGAAAAGGCAUCGUAGCUCAUAGAAAGAGACGCGUCUCAACUUAUCACCUACCAUUUCUAAUUUUAAACAAUUUUCGCAGCAUUAUUGUUACUCACUACUUCUUAAUUUUCUCUCUUUUCUCCUUCUAUAAAUACCCUUUCUAGUUUUGCUCCAACAUCUUCCAUUUCCAGUUUCGAACCUCUGAGGUUAUUGUUUUCAACUCCAAAGGCAACGAGUGUCGUUAUUUGGGUCCUUGUUGCUGUAAAAAUUCGCUUGCUUCUGAAAAUUGUUCUCUUUAUUCUUUGAAUCGUUUCGACAUUAUUUUUCAAUUGUUUGUUUCGAUUUCUUUGAGGAUGGUUUGCUUGGUUUCUCGCACGGGAAGGCACUUGCAGCGUUAUGACAACCUCGGUCGCCGCCAGGUCGUCGGGUGCAUUCCCUAUAGAUUCAAAUGUAGCAGUGAUGGAACCAUUAGUGAUGAGUUAGAGGUUCUUGUAAUCUCCUCACAAAAAGGUCAAAAAAUGAUGUUCCCUAAGGGUGGGUGGGAGCUUGAUGAAUCCAUAGAAGAAGCUGCUUUAAGAGAGUCAAUUGAAGAAGCUGGAGUUAUAGGCAAUGUUGAGUGUGAACUGGGCAAAUGGUACUUUAUAAGCAAAAGCCAUGGCACAUUUUAUGAAGGUUACAUGUUCCCUUUGCUUGUGAAGGAGGAACUUGAUUUCUGGCCUGAGCAGAAUGUUCGCCGAAGGACUUGGAUGAAUGUGAAAGAAGCAAGGGAUGUAUGCCAGCAUUGGUGGAUGAAGGAAGCCUUAGACAUUCUUGUUGAAAGACUGGCUUCCUUGCAGCAAUAGAAGGAAGAAAUCGUCUCCAUUUGUUCUCUGAUUUUUCUUUUUUGUUGAUAAGGGGAAGGGGUACGGGUUAUUUACAGAUUGAAUUCGAGAUCAGUACCAAUUCAAGACUUGAUUUUAGAUGUUUUGCCAGGCCUUUCUCCUUGUUAGAAAAGCAGAGGAUUUAAGGGCCAAUUAUGUUGAGUUCCAAGAAGACAGUGGCAGCUGUAGAUGUUUUAGGAAAUAAUUGUAAAUUCAGGGAGGGAUGGUUGGUGUUGCUGGUUGUACCUUUUGUUAGAAUUGACUCGAUUAAACAACAAGUAAAAAAAAAAAACAGAAUAAAUUGAGAAAUUAAACACACAAA